AUGGUCGCCAUGGGGCCGGAAGUGGCUGUUGCACUUGCGGUGGUGGGAUGGUUCGUCUCGCCGCACAUAACCAAGCUCAUGGAGGUCGCACGAUCCUGCGCUUCCAGCAAGUACAAGCUGCCAAGGGGCAUGAGGAAGAAGCUGCUGAAACUGGCGCAAGAUCUGGGGGACAUCAAGGACUUCCUGGAUCCAGCUACUAUGGGGGGCUCCGUCAGCGACAGGACCUGGGUCAACCGUCUGUGGAGUCUCAAGGAUGCCAUCCAUGACGCGGAGGAGAUCCUGGACUUGUUCGAGUCGCAUAUCCUUGAGGCCGAGGCAGCUAAAAACCUUAAGAAGCGCUCCGGCGGUGGUGGUGGCAGUGCUAGCAGCAGUGGCAGGAAAUCCGCAUAUUCUUGGUGGAUUUUCACCACCAACACCAGUGGUCCGUCACUGAAUCAGCUCAAGGAAGUGCUCAAGAACCUAGGGGAGCUUCGUGAGAGGAUGCGAGAGCUCUGCGAGAAUCCUGCCACUCGGCGUGCUGUACUUUCUCCACUCUGCAGAGCACCCUUGGGCCCGGAGCCAGUAAGGGAGAAGAAGCUCUUCUUCGGGUACGGCGUGGAGUAUGAGCAGCUAGUCUCCAUGCUCGGGGACGGCAACUGCAAGGACAAGAAAGUUAUCUCCCUCAUAGGCCAUGGCGGGAUGGGGAAGACCGAGCUUGCUCGCCAGGCGUACCGCCAUGUCCGAGGCAAGUUUGAUCGGCCCAUAUGGGUGCCUGCCUACGGCAAGAAUGCUCAGUUUGACCUUCUGGCAGAGAUUUGGAAGUCGGCCGUCGGCGAAAAAUCAGUCCAGGAGAUGAACAUUUCUAGCCUUCAGGACAAGCUCAAGGCACAACUGGCAUCCCAGAGGUGCCUGCUUGUGCUGGAUGAUGUAUGGAGCGACGAAAAGGACAUGAACGAGAGCGAGAGAAGGACUGCGCUGCGCUGCUUCACUGAUUUCGUGGGCGUCGGGAGUCGCAUCGUAAUGACGACGCGAUCCAGGAUUUGUUCGACGAAACUGGGCGCAGAAGAAACCAUCUUCCUGAAUGGGAUCAAACCUGAAGAGAUGAUGCUUCUGCUCAACGACACCGCAAAUCCCAGCGCCGAUGGUACCAGCGGCAUCCAGGGGAUGCUCAAAAGCGACGUGCUCAAGCUCAAGGGGUCCCCUUCGGCGGCCAUAGAGAUCGGCGAGAAGUUGAAGGCACGAAACGCAAGCUGCGGGCGCGAGCAACGCGGCGGCAUCCUGGCAAACAUGGAAUGCCACAUCGCCGGCGUGUUAGUAAGCCAUCUCGCCAGCUAUGACCAUCUGCCACCGCACCUCCAGCGUUGCUUCGCGUUCUGCAGCAUAUUCCCAAACGGUUGGAGGUUUGAGCCUGAGAAGCUGACCAAGAUGUGGAUGGCUCUUGGUUUCGUCGAGGAGAAGGCCCAUCAUCCUCAGGUUGGAAAUGGGAUGAGCAGCAUGGAAGACGUUGCCAGAGGCUAUUUCCAAGAGCUGGUGGACCGCUCCUUGUUUGAGUUAGAACAGAGCAAGGAUGGAGGAGACAAACAUAAUCGGUACGUGAUUCACGAGCACAUUCAUCGGAUGAUACGUGAUGCCUCUUCCAAGAAUUGCAUAAGCAUCUCUCGUGCGAGCACCGGAGACAAGACUAGCAUCCCUCCAAGGGUUCGCCACUUGUCAGUUACCAGCGGCUGCCUUGAUCAGCUGAAUGAGUACUCCAUAGGACUCGGCAAUCUGCGGACCUUGAUAGUCCUAAAGGAUGAUGGUGAUGAUGAUGGUGUCGUUGCCAUUGACAAAGAUAUACUCCAACAAUUCAAGGGUGUGAGAGUACUGGAUCUGACAGAGACAGGCAUAACUCAACUUCCAGCGAGUAUUGGCAAGCUGAAACAUGUGAGGUACCUAGGCCUUCCUAGCACCGUCAGCAGUGAUCUCGGUGAUCAAGUCACCAAGCUAUUGUUUCUUCAGACACUGAGUGUGGGCCAGGAGGAGGACAAAGGGAAAAAGAGAGAGUGCAUCACCAACAUAAGUGGCAUAGGAAGGCUGGUUAAACUUCGAGAGUCGAUCGAGUUCCAGGUGAUGAGGGCAUCGGAGAAGGAAGGGCACAGCCUGUGGGAGCUGGCCGGGAUGAAGUCUCUUGGGAAGACGCUGAGCAUAAAGGGCCUGGACGCCGUCGCGAGCAAAGAGGAAGCCAAGCAGGCUCGGCUUGACAACAAGUGUUCCGUCAAGGUCCUCAAGCUUCAAUGGGGGGCCCCGGAUGCGCGCCACGGAGAACCUGUCGCCCGAAGCUCUGCUGCUGCAGACCCCGCGCCCGCGGUGGCCGUCCUCCAAGGUCUCCAGCCCCACCACUACCUCCAUGAACUUCGUAUCGAGAGGUAUUCCGGGGAGACUUCGCCUACCUCGCUCAGCGGACUGGAGAAGCUGACGCGCCUGUACCUCAAGAACUGCAGGAAGCUCAAGGCCCUUCCGGCCCUGGGCCAGCUCCCGUGCCUUGAGCUUCUCGAAAUCAAGGAGCUUUGUGUUGUUGCGAGGAUCGACGGCGGCUUCUGCGGCGGCGGCGCGUUCCCCAAGCUUAAGAAGAUCGUGCUGGACGACAUGAAGGAACUGGUGGCGUGGAAUGACAAUGACAUGCCGAAAGUUGCGUUCCCUCUGCUCAGGGACGUGAGCAUCGCCGACUGCCCGCUGCUGUCGUCCUUGUCGGCCCUCGGGCGCUGCACAGGUCCCAUUGAUCUGCGCGUCAAGGGUGGGUGCCCUCACAUCACACCAGACACCCUGCCCGCAGCUUUCAGGAACGGUGUCUCAACCUGCAAAUUCCACUAG